AUGGCAAUUAGAUGUAUUGCGCAUCAUAUCAAUUUGGUUACAAAAGAUAUUAUUUCUAUUGAAUGGGCAAAAAAAAUACUUAAAAAUUGUCAACAAAUUGUUUCAUUUUUUCAUAGUUCUCAUCGAGCUGGAGCUGCAUUAUGUGAUGAAAUUAAAAAAUUCUUUACUGGAGCAAACUUAAAAUCCUCAGUUAAAACACGUUGGA